AUGACUGGUGGUGGAAAUCCGCCAACACCUCCACCACCAUCUAAUACCGAGUCUACAAUAGUGGAGGCCAUAUUAGGACCAGCACUAAAGGGAAUCCCAAGUGAUUUCGAUACCGACAGUGCCACAUUCAGUGAAAUUAUGGAAGUAAAGACAAUGGAUCAGAAUGAAAAAGUUUAUGUAAUAGAAGGCGACACUGAUUAUGCAGACAUAUUAAAAGAGAAUAAUGAAAACAUUGAAACCGUUGUUAUAAAAGAUAUAAUUCUAGAAAGGAAUGCUGAUGCAAGUACGGCAAAGGGUUUAUUGAAAGAAAAUAAUGACAAUGAUAAUGAUACCUGGAAGUCAUGGACUCCAAAAAAUCUAAAAACACCAGUAUCAAGUAAUCUAAAAGUAACCAGAAAUGAAGAAGACUACUUAAAAAGAAGAAGACCUAAAAUUGAUUGCUUGAGUGAUGAAUUGGUAAACGAAAAGAUUAAAUUAGUAAAAAUGUUACAAGAAAAUGCUGAGAAGGAAUCCAAAAUUAGAUUAGACAUUUUGAAACAACAGUUAAAGCAAGAAGAAAUAAAGACCCAAAAACUUAUGGAUAGU